GCAUUCGGACUUCCCAGCUUCGCCCCUUCACAUCUGACACUGAAGAGGCCUCGGAUCUCCUUUUCCUUCAGAUUUUCUCGCCCACAGGAAAGUCCGCUUUAAUAGUUAAUAUCUAUAAUGCUCCAGCAGGCUGCAUCAGAGCAGGUGAAGCCGCAAAAGCUCUUAUAACUCUGCCAGAGGCGUAUUUCCCUCAAAUAACAAUACUUGCAGGCGAUCUCAACCUACUACACAACAGAUGCCCUACAACUUUUGCAGAGCCGUUUAUCAACUGGCUGGAUCUCCAGGGUCUAGUACUCAUUUCCGACAUAGACUGUCCCACACAUGAAAGGGGUAACAUGUUAGACCUCAGUUUCGCCUCAAGCCCUCUGGCACUCGCAGGAGCCAAAGCUAGUAUAGCGAGCCACUUAGAUGUAACCUCUGAUCAUCAACCACUAAUUACCACUGUUCCAUGGGAUCAGAGAUACAAGGAAACAGCUCAGAAACUAAGAUUUGACACACUAGAUCACACUUCCUUCCUUUCGCUCCUCGCCUCUAAUCUCGCUGGCACCGAGAGCUCAGCCGCGACAGAAGAAGAUCUUGAUGCUUUCGCCGAAAAACUGACAUCUGCAAUUCAAGGAGCAUAUAGAGGCUCUGCUAAGAGGACCCUAACAUAA